AUCUCUUUUUUUAGAAAGUCGCACGUCCUUCAAUAUGAUUAACACAUUUUCAAUAGUUUCUUUUCAAUAAAACCCAUCAAAAUUUCGUAAACGUGUUUCGGGCAAGUUUUUAUUUCGUAUUCUUUGGACAUUUUUAGUAGGUUUGUUUUGAAGAAAUAGCUGGGAAAGGACUCGGGGAGAAAAUGCCCCAUUGCUUUUAUCGUUGAGAUAUUCGGACUCGUGCGGGUGCUUCCUACUUUUCGUCUGGGUCCGACUUUUUUUUGUCUAAAUGGAGCUCACAAAGAUAUUGAAACAUUUCAGAUGCCUCCAACUACCAAUGGUACUGUAAAUAAACCUCUAAACAUGGCUCAGAAAACAACAACAGUGACAGACAACUCAGUAAGAUUUCCUGCGACGGUAGAAGAAGAUGGUCCACUGCCAUCAACGAGCUGGAGUAUUCCACUUUCUGAAAGCAUGCGUCAUGAGGCUGAAAGGCUUAAAACAUUUGAGCAAUGGCCAGUGACUUUCAUCACACCCAGAGCAAUGACAUCUGCAGGUUUCUACUACUUAAAGAGAGAAGACCUUGUUAAGUGUGCUUUCUGCGGUGUUGAAGUCGGUCGUUGGGUGCCUGGUGAUGACCCGAUGGCUGAUCAUAAGAAAUGGUCUCCAGGGUGUCGCUUUGUUAAAGAAAUCAAUGUUGGCAAUGUACCAAUUAGCGAAGAAACUAACAUGAACAAUAUUGAAACUGACAGGGGAUAUGACACAUGUGGUUCAGUUGAAAUAGGACUAUCCCAAGAUCAAGUAACAAAGGUGAAUAUCCUGGAAAAACAUGCUGGAUAUCAGAAAACAAGGGAACCAGCUUUUCCACAUUAUGCAGCUUACAGUUCAAGGCUAAUGUCGUAUGAAACCUGGCCAGUUUCUCUUAAGCUAAAGCCAAAUGUGCUUAGUGAUGCUGGAUUUUUUUAUACAGGUAAAAGUGAUCAAACUGUAUGCUACCAUUGUGGGGGUGGAUUGAAAGAUUGGGAAGAGACUGAUGAACCCUGGGUCGAGCACGCAAGGUGGUUUUCAAAGUGUUCAUUUGUCCUGCUUGUUAAAGGCAAAGAUUUUGUCGAUGAAGUGUCUGGCAACAAAGCAAGUCAAGAGGCAAAAUCUUCAAAUUCAAAUGAUGAAGUGGGUCAGGUCAGCACAUCCACCGAUACUGAAAAAACCCUGAUGGAAGAAGGCGGUAUCGUAGAUACCACUUGUAUAAAGAAAACUGCAGCGAAUAACGAGUCAACAAAUGACGGCCGUCUUUGCAAGAUCUGCUAUAUGGAUGAAAUGGGUGUUCUGUUUCUGCCAUGCGGGCACAUUGUCGCGUGUGUCAAGUGUGCACUCUCCCUAAGGACGUGUGCAGUGUGUCGGAAACCUGUGACAGCCACGUUUCGAGCCUUCCUGUCAUGAAUUUCCAGAAGUUUUAAAUGACAUUAUAUUGUAACUUCUAGUCAAUACUUUUAUUUCUCCUCAUAACAUACUCCAGUUUCGUUUAUCUCAGUUUCGACACAUGUAUAAUUGUUUUUAUUAUAUAAAGGUAUUAUAUAAAUUUGUCGAACAUAAAACCCAAUUUAAUGUGUUUUGGCAUUAAGAUUUUACUACCUCUGUUUUUAUAUAGAAAAGUGAAGUUUUUUUUUCCUUGUCGGUGUGCUCUGUAAUUUUCAAAUCCACCCUGUGGGGGGCGGUCACUAACGACCCAUGUAUUUUCACCCUGCCUUACUACCUUUGUAAAUAUUUAAAAUAAUGUUAGAUGGCCCUGUAGAAACAAAACUAUGGGUACGUUUAGAGGAAAUUUUUAUCAAACGAUUUUUAUCAAGCUUUCACAUUUAUUUCAUAUUGUAACACACCAAUGUAUAAAUUAUGUGUAUUUAGAAAAGUAAAAAGAUAAGUGAAGAUAAAUAAAAUACAUAAAUUGUAAAUAAAUUAUAACUUACAAAAAAAAAAAAAAAAAAGGAAAAACAUUAGGUACAAACUAUUAUUUAGUAAUUUAGAAAAAAAUUCCAAUGCCUGAAAUUCUAGAGGUUAUUGGCACAAAUUAUUUCAGAGAGAAGAUAAUGAAUAGAGGACACAAUCAAAUUUCAUUUGUAGAUCUGUUUCCAUUUGUCUCUUCCUUCAAACUUUAGUCCUAUCAAUAAACACAAUUUUGUGACAAUACUUAAAGUUUAGAGAAAAUAAAUGCCAGUAAAUAUUUACAUUAAAAAAAAAUAGUUUUCUUUCAUAAUCGAACAGUUUUAUAAAAUCUGUUAUAGAACAACCUUGCAUUAUAUUUUCGCUUAGAAAUCCUAAGAUAUUAAAUUAGCCAUUCAUAGAUAAUAAUGUUAACAUUUCUAUGAAUAAAUCUUUUAUAAAUAAGGACUCAUGGUAUCGUUUUCCAUCUUCUAUUUGAGAUGUACAUCUAGAAUUACAGGAAUCUUAUUAAAUAACGAUUUUGAAUCAAAGGGAACAUAUUUUUUCUUUAAAGAUUUUCUUUCAUUUUAAAGUAUUUGAAAUCAUUGUAACUGUCACAUUAUUUUUGUAAAUAGUAUUAAUUUAUGUGUAACGUUAAUAUAUCUUAUUCACAACAUUGAUAAUAAAAAUAAAUUGCUAAUUUAAAAAAAAUCGUAAAAGGACUUUUUUCAUUAUAAACCCUAAAUUGGGUUGUUUUUAGUUUAACGCCUAUUAAAGCAAUUAAAAAAAAAGUAGAGCAACUAUUAAAAAAAUAGAUUGCUAAUUUAAAAAAAAUCGUAAAAGUUGACUUUUUUUCAUUAUAAACCAUACAUUGGGUUAAGUUUUAAGUUUCAUGCCUAUUAAAACAAUUUUAAAAAAAGUAGAGCAGCUAUUUACCAAAAUAAUGUAACUUUAUGCCUUGCACAUUUAUAUACUUUAUUAAGCUUUUAUUAUUGAUUAGAUGAAUAUAUAAUGUUGGGGCAAAUUUGUAAAAUUUACAUUUGUAGGUAUUUUGCUAUUAUUUGCAAUUGUAUAAAUUAGGCUGAAUAUAAUAAAUUGAAUUAGAAGUU